UGUCGGCGGUGUGUGGUUCUCUCACACGUUUACACUAUAUCCUAAAGCACAGUUAUACCAGAUACCAUGAAGCUCGUUCAAAUCCUUUACCUCACGAUCCUUGUCGCUUCCAGUGUCGCUACCAAUCUUACUAGGGUGGAAGGAGCAGCGUCCCAUGAUAUCAUGGUGUGCCCUGGCCAAGACAAGUGCAUCUCUAAAACAUCUCCGAACUGCCCGAUACAGUCACCGUUGCCUUUCAAUUGGGGCAACGACUGCUGGGUGUGCUGUUGGUUUGAGGACUGAAGAAGCUAGUUGGACUUCUCGGUCAUUUUUGCUCUCGAUGCAGGUAAAACGUGCCAUGUCAUUUUCCAAAAGGUCGAGUACUUAGCACAGACAAGAUCCUUCAAUAAAG